UUUGCAAUUAAAAAUAUUUGUAUUACUGCAAAUUUACAUAAUGUGCAGUUGGGGACAUGUUUUCCCCCUUCCCUAAAUAUUUCCAAUGACUGCAUAACAAUCCUGAAGAGAUUUAUUACCUUAGCUGCAGGAGGUUUUGAGUCAUAACAUAACUAAAGGAAUGUUGUAGACUAAAUACAACCCCCUGUUAAUUCUGGUGUAAAUAUACCAGUAUUAACUGGGGUUUAUACCACUGAGCCCAGUGGAGUUACACCUGUGUCAAACUGAUGUGAGAGAAGAACCAGCCCCCAGGGAAACGGCUGCAAAGUAAAUGUAAACCUAUUGUAGGAAAUUCAAUAAUUACAAAUUUGUGUGUGUCUUAUCAAAGAUAGUCAUGACAGAAGCAUUGAGGUAAUAUGCGGUUUACUAUAGGAAACAAUCUUGCCAGGAAUUUGAUAAUAGAAUAAAGUUUGGUGUCAGUCUGUUUAGGAACUUUCUUUCUUUUCUUUUUCUGGGAUCAACUUUCUCUAAUAAAUAGUUAAAAAUGAAAAAUAGAGAUAAGCGAGGAGGCUCAGAAUGUCAGGAAAGGAUAAAUCCUUCUGCCAAAUUAAACAUUUGCUCGCAAACCUGGCAAAAUGCCCAAGUAGAUAAAAAUUCAUCUAGAAUAGCCCUUUCUGCUGAAUGCCAGAUAGCAGAGAAUGCUCUAAAUAUCUUCUUUAAACAGGAAAUGAUGUGGCCAAAUAUCUUAAUUCUAAAGUUCAAAAUACAUCUUUUAAAAGUGCCAGAGUCUACCCAAACCUGGGUAUGCAAUUUUAUGUGCAGUUCUGCAUGUAGACUUUUGCAAAUAGAGACGUUAACAUAGCAGAUGCACUCAUGCACUCUGCCAAUCCCAAAGAAAGAAAUGAUGUCAUCCUGAUUCUGAUUUUGAUAAGAAUGAUGUAAAUCAGGAGCAUCUCUAUUGAAGUCAAUGUGGUUAUAUCAAUGGAUUAUUUUGGAAUAUGUUCAAGGUGGUGAAUUGAAGACCAAAUCCAUAGAUUUACUUGAUCUCAGUCCUGGCACAGAUGUAGGCGCCUUAGUAGAAGAAAUCCGAAAAGCAGAACCUCUCAUCACAGCUUCGCGCAAAGAGCAGGUCAUACAUUUAAUACUAAGGUUACAAGAGAAGCUUGGGCAACAAGAAGACCACAAGUUCUACCUUUUUAAGGUGCUUAGGGCACAUAUAUUGCCACUGACCAAUGUAGCAUUUAACAAAUCUGGUUCCUGCUUUAUCACUGGAAGCUACGACAGAACAUGCAAAAUAUGGGACACAGCAUCAGGAGAGGAGCUACGUACAUUGGAGGGACACAGAAAUGUGGUCUAUGCAAUAGCUUUCAAUAAUCCCUAUGGUGACAAGAUUGCCACUGGAUCUUUUGAUAAAACCUGCAAAUUAUGGAGUGCAGAAACAGGAAAAUGUUAUCAUACCUUCAGGGGACACACAGCAGAAAUAGUUUGUUUAUCAUUUAAUCUUCAAAGCACUCUGAUAGCAACUGGAAGUAUGGAUACGACAGCCAAACUAUGGGAUAUCCAGAAUGGAGAGGAAGUGGUCAUGUUAACUGGACACUCAGCAGAAAUUAUUGCAUUGUCAUUUAAUACCACAGGAGAUAGGAUCAUCACUGGCUCCUUUGACCACACAGUUGUAGUGUGGGAUGUUGGCACUGGCAGGAAGUUGCAUACUUUAAUAGGUCAUCGGGCAGAAAUUAGUAGUGCACAAUUCAACUGGGACUGCUCUCUAAUUGUUACGGGAUCGAUGGACAAAACAUGCAUGCUGUGGAAUGCUGUGACCGGGACACGUGUGGCAACUUUAACAGGUCAUGAUGAUGAAGUAUUAGAUGUGUGUUUUGAUUAUACUGGCCAGCGUAUUGCAACUUCCUCAGCUGAUGGAUCAGCAAGAGUUUACAAUGCUGAAACAAAAAAAUGCAUUGCAAAGCUGGAAGGUCAUGGAGGUGAAAUUUCUAAGAUCUGCUUCAAUCCUCAAGGUAGUCGUAUCCUAACAGCCAGCUCUGAUAAAACAGCUCGACUUUGGGACCCUCAUACAGGACAAUGCAUUCAAAUAUUAGAGGGACACACUGAUGAGAUAUUCUCAUGUGCUUUCAACUACAAAGGCGAUAUCAUCAUUACAGGGAGCAAGGAUAACACCUGUAGGAUAUGGCGCUGACUGAAGAUGAGGUAUGGCUCAAUUUGCUCGAAGCUUUGAUCAACAUCAUAAGAGUAGUCAAAAAUCAGCAGUCUGUCAGAACUCUGUUUUCCUUUUGCCCUCUUUGAUAGUUUUCAGUCUUGCUGAAGUAGAGCAGUUCCCUGGACUUUGAAAGGCUUGACUCUUUGGACUGCUGAAUUCAGCUAGUUAUCUGUAUCAUUAGCACUAAUACAAUAGGUUAGCUGCAUGUUUUGACAGGCCACUGUUCGUUUUUACAUGUAACAUUUGUAAUAAAAAAUAGCAUCAUGGUACUAUUAAAUGUGUAAAGGGCAUUAUUUGCACAUCUCCUGUGAGUGUUUCUAUAGUACAUUUACUUUUUUGUAUGUAAUAAAAUGUUUAGCAAAAGUG